AUGUCACCAUCAAGCUCCAAGUCAACUGUGCGUGCCAGUGUCGCGUGUAAUUUAUGCAGAGGAAGCAAGUUAAAAUGUAUCAACAACUCCGACUCAACUCGUUGCCAAAGAUGUUCCAAACUCGAUCUUGAAUGUACUUACACAUUGAAGACGUCACAAUUGAAAAAGCGAAAGUUAACACAACUGUUUGCUUCAAGACAACAAAGCAAACCAAUGGUAUUUCUACCGGAGAAGAAAUUUAUCAUUGAAGCCAGCGAAAUUUUUUUUGAAAACCAGUACAAGGGUAUAUUCCCAUUAUUUCAUAAACCGUCAUUUUUCAAGUUCCUUAAAUCAGAUGAAUUCGAUCCACAUACAUACAUUGAAAAGUAUACACCACUGAAGAAUAACCCGGAUCCUGUGAUUUUGUUAUCAAUUCUUGCGUUAUGUGCAAGGUUACACCCAGAGCUACCAAAAAUAUAUGGUCACUUCAAUGAAUCUGACGCAGAAUCAUUCUUCCCGAGUUUUUCAAAGGAUUCACCAUCAUCUGCAUCCAACGCUUCCAAAUACUUUGGCUGGCAUGCAAGAAAGUAUGUCAGGUUCGAUGAACCUUCGAUCGAACGCGUGCAAGCGUUGUGCAUUCUCAGUAGUCAUGAGUGGGGAGAAGGAAAUGCAUCAAGAAGUUAUAUGUACGUGGGAAUUGCUGCAAGAAUGGCAUUGAUUCUAGGGUUAAAUAACGAACCCACACCUGAAACGGGUUUAACUAAUUCGGAGAAUUUCAUAAGAAUGGAAAUGAAACGCCGAGCAAUGUGGUCGGUAUAUAUGAUGGAUAGAUGUAAUUCCUGCGGAAGAAGUAGUCAUUCGUGUAUAUCACUAGAUCAAAUCCAUAUCAGAUUGCCAUGCACAGAAAAGGAGUUCAUUUUUGGUGCUGGAAAAGAACAUCCUUUUAGAUCUGAUGACAAUCGUGACGAUCUUUCCUUAUGUGGUUACCAAAUCGUGUUGUUUGAAAUCUGGAGAGAUAUAUCUGUGUGGGUUAGUACCACUGGUGCAAAACUAGAGAAAACACCUCCAUGGAAAAUGGAGUCUCCAUACUACAUACUAUCCAAAAAAUUGGAUGCCUUUGAAGAACAAUUACCAACGCAUCUAAAGUUUUCAGAAUUCAACCUACAAGCACAUAUUGCUGAUGGAUCAGUCACAGAUUAUGCCUACUUCAGUGGUUUAUUUUUACUUUGUCGUACAUUUUUAAAUCGAGAAUAUUUCUAUUCCCUGCCUGAAGCUUCGCCCACGGGUUGGUGGAAGGAACAGGCAAGUGUUUUAUUUGAUACAUUGGAUAAGUUGGAUCAAAUUCCCAAAAUUUUGAAACCAUUGAAUUUGAUGGUGAUUGCCCCAUUCACGGGAUUUCAUGUGUUCACUGCAGCUGCAACCGGAUUUUUCAUUGGAGCUUAUCCCAAAAAAGUUAUGAAGUCGCAGUUUAACGGUGAAGUCAUUAAGAAAUACCAAUCAUUGGCAGAAGACAACCUCAACACACUAUCUAGUUGGCUGGAAUCAUGGGGGUUGGGUGAAAGCUGGAUCAAUACACUAAAAGAGAUGAAGGAAGUGUUUGCUCGAUCAUCAGAUUACGAUGAGUUGCGGUUCAAGAUGCGGGACUACGGUAAUAUAGAUAAGAAACCGGAUAUUCAAAAUUUAUUAGUAAUGGACGAAGCGCCUGCUCUAGAUUUUAUGGAUCUAACAAACAUAUUUCCAGAUUGGAGCGGCACUAUGAACAUAUAA